UUGUAACGCCGCCGCCCCGGGUCCGCUCAUAGCUGUAACACCGGUGAUCUUGCAUGCCUGCCGGGGAGAGCGGAGCCACCGAGAGACCCGCAGCAGCUUGUCUAUUGCCCAUAAAAAUCUGUGGAUGUGUGGCUGAAUGACAUGAGGGGGAAAUGGGGCGUAAAAUUAAAGAAUCUUGCAGAAAGCGAGAACUGGAGAAGUCAAGCAACCCCCUCCCUCCUACACACUCACACACACACGCAUACACACACACACACACACACACACACACCCGGUAGACUGUGAGCUGAAACUAUAGAACAUAAAGAGAACAGAGCAUUUUUAGCCCCAAAUCAGAGAUGGGCUGCACAGCUUCAUGCUUUCUGCCGCUGUGCUGCCUUUUGUCUGGCUGAUCUGUGCCUCCCAUGUUCCAGGACCUCUCUGACCAGAGGGAAAUGGCCAAACAGCCGGCCAGCGCUCCCAGCAGCUACAUCCCGGCGCAGCAGCCCGACGGAGCUCCGGUACUCACAACAAACAAACCGGACAACACGGCUGCGUGCCCGUCGCCCUCCCCUCACCAUCACCCAGCGGCUCAGCCGCCGCUCUCCUUCAACGAGGGCAAAACUUUUUGUCCCACGGAAAAUAAACCGGGAGAACUGGACAGCAACAAAGCGUAUGGGACGUUUAAAAGCGCCGCGCCCGCGGCCCCUGGAUCCGCGGUGGUCAACUCGGCCUUCAGGAAGGAUUCUGCUGGUUCGGCCCGCGGGGGGGCCGCCCAGUACAGCGACCCGCUCCGGGCCCCAGCAGAGCAGAACAACACCGCGGGCAACUGGACGACUAUGAGCCAGACCACCAUCAUACUGGGAACAGAUGGGAACACGUCUGUUCAGCCCGGCACCGUGGCGAUGGCUGACGAUGAUGACGAUGGGGGAGAUGAGAAUAAGGCCAGAGGAAACUGGACCAAUAAACUGGACUUUAUUCUGUCCAUGGUUGGCUAUGCGGUGGGACUGGGGAACGUCUGGAGGUUUCCUUAUCUUGCUUUCCAAAAUGGAGGAGGAGCUUUUCUGAUCCCCUACCUGACAAUGUUGGGCAUUGCCGGCAUCCCGAUCUUUUUGCUGGAGGUGUCCCUGGGCCAGUUCGCCAGCCAGGGGCCUGUGUCAGUGUGGAAAUGCAUCCCAGCCCUGCAAGGUUGCGGGAUUGCCAUGUUGAUAAUAUCUGUCUUGAUAGCCAUAUACUAUAAUAUUAUUAUGUGCUGGACACUGUACUACCUGUUCGCUUCGUUGAAGGGCUCACUGCCAUGGGCUAACUGUAGGAAUGAGUGGAACACGGUGGAAUGUAAGGACAAAGACAUGCUGCUGUUAGACACGUGCAUCCUGCGGGACAGAAACAUCACCUCCAUCAAGAACUCCACCUUCUGUCUGUCCGCAAACGCUGUUGGAAACCUGACGAAACUGUUAAACAUGACUGUGGACACCAACAAGACCUACGUCAGCCCCAGCGAGGAGUACUUCAAGUACAAUGUGUUGCACAUCUCUAAAGGAAUCGAAUAUCCAGGAGACAUCCGCUGGCCUCUGGCAGGCUGUCUGUUCCUGGCCUGGAUCAUCGUCUAUGCCUCUUUAGCCAAAGGAAUCAAGUCAUCAGGAAAGGUUGUGUAUUUCACGGCCACCUUUCCCUACGUGGUGCUGGUCAUCCUGCUGAUCAGAGGAGUGACCCUACCCGGGGCCUUCAACGGCAUCCUCUACUUUAUCACACCAAAGUGGGAGAAACUGAACGAUGCAAAGGUGUGGAAAGAUGCAGCCACUCAGAUCUUCUUCUCUCUGUCGGCUGCUUGGGGAGGCCUCAUCACUCUCUCUUCCUACAAUAAGUUCCACAAUAACUGCUACAGGGACACUAUUAUUGUGACAUGUACAAACAGUGCCACCAGUAUAUUUGCUGGGUUUGUCAUCUUCUCGGUCAUUGGUUUCAUGGCACAUGAGUUGAAAGUGCCGAUAGAGAAGGUGGCAGAUGAAGGUCCUGGCAUAGCGUUUGUGGUGUAUCCAGAGGCUCUGACCAGACUUCCCCUGUCUCCUUUCUGGGCGAUCAUCUUCUUCCUCAUGCUCCUGACUCUUGGCCUGGAUACCAUGUUUGCCACCAUUGAGACCAUCGUAACGUCAGUGUCAGACGAGUUCCCCAAAUACUUGAGGAAACACAAACCUCUCUUCACCCUGGUCUGCUGCGCCUGCUUCUUCAUCCUGGGCUUUCCCAUGAUCACGGAGAGUGGGAUGUUCAUGCUGCAGUUGGUGGACACAUUCGCCGCCUCCUACUCUUUGGUCAUCAUUGCGAUCUGCGAGCUGGUGGGAAUCUCCUACCUCUAUGGUCUGCAGAGGUUUUGCGACGACAUUGAAAUGAUGAUUGGUUUCCAGCCAAACCGAUUCUGGAGAAUCUGCUGGGCCUUCGUGACUCCAACCAUUCUGACGGGCAUCCUGGGACUGAGUCUGUACCAAUGGAAGGGGAUGACGUACGAGGACUACACCUACCCCACCUGGUCCAUGGUUAUGGGCUGGCUCAUGGUCAUCUGCUCCGUCAUCUGGAUCCCGAUUAUGUUCGGCAUUAAGAUGUACAUCGCCCCCGGCACCUUUACAGAGCGUCUGAAGCUGGUCUGCUCCCCUCAGCCUGACUGGGGUCCUUUCCUGAUGAAGCACCGUGGAGAACGCUACAAGAACAUGAUGGACCCUCUGGGAACCAACUCCCUGGGCCUCAAGCUGCCCCCAAAGGACUUCCAGCUCGGCUCCUACCAGUAGCAGCCGCCAGGGCAACACAGCACCGCUGCGCACCGCACCCUCCACCUCCAACAGGGGGCACUGGGAGGGGGGCAACCUCCACCUCUUCUUCUCCCUCCUCCUCCUCUCUCUUUCUCCUGUCCCUACCUCACUCUCUUUGCUUCCUGUCUUCCUCCCUGUGUCAUGGAUGUGGAAAAAGCCAUCCUUUUCCUUCUUCCUUCUCUUCUUCUUCACCACUUCCUCUCUUCUCUCAUGGAGGAGUGGCUGCCCAGGUGGAGUCUACUCCUCUGCUGCUGCUUCGUACUCGGUUAAUGGGCUAUCAGUGCCCCCCACACAUGGCCACUGAUUACUUCAGAACCCUUCCCAGGGAUCUUUAUUCCAACAGAAAAUUGUGUCAUAAAAUGACACAGCUCAGACUGCACUUGCAAUAUUAGACUCACCAUAGCUGCUCCCUAUGGAGUCGUGUGUGUAUGUGAGUUUAUGUGUGUGUGUGUUUGUGUGUGUGUGUGUGUGUGUGUGGGAGAGAGUUUGUGUGUCUGUGUGUGCCAUCAUAUUUAUGUGCAGAGAUAAUGAAUCAUCUUGGUGCAAGCAGACACAGGCAAACAAAAAGAAAAUUGAGCGACAGAGAAGCUAUGGUUCAACAAGCUCAGUGGGGAUCUGUGUUUUGUUCCAUCCGUGUACAAAUUUCCAACGGCAAUACGAAUACUAUCAAAAAAUGUAUAAAAAAAAUUCACUGGUAUCCCAUUUUGUUCCUAUCCAGCAGUAUAUAUGUAUAUUCACAAUAGCUACAGCUCUGUCGCUCUUGCUUUGUUAAAAAUAGAUUAUAAGAUCUGCAAUUUGUGCCUCCUAUGUCCCAGUAGAGUAGCAAAUGCAUCCUGAUUACCACUUUCAGUAUAUACACUUUGGCCUGGAUGACUCUGCAAUAUGAUAAAAGCUUGGGUCUAUUUUUCUCUCUAAAUCCGAGGGAUCAUUUCUGAAACCCUCUGUCUUUAUAUAUUUAUUAAGCCAUUUUCUGUUCUCCUUUUAUUGAAUUAUCCUAGAAUGUAAAGAACACAUUCCUAAUGUAGGAAACCACUAGAGUAGUCCAUCCUUCCUUUAGUGGCAAUUUUCAUCUAGAAAACAUGACCUGAUAGUCACUCUGUGCAGAUAUAUAUUUUAGACAGUGUAUUUAUCUCUGUAUGUGUUGUGAACUUUCUCAAACCAUCUGUGAAAACCAUCUUUACAAUGUGCAUCACAUCAGUAAACAGUAUAAAAUAUUAUAUUAGAAUAUACGCUAAUAUAUAUAGACUAUAUAUAUAGACAUAUAUAUACAUACAUACACAUAUAUACAUACAUAUACUAUAUGCAUAGCCUUUCAGCAGAGGAGAGAGCUAGUGAGACAGAGUGUCAGUGUGUGUAUGUGUUUGUGUCUCUAUGAACCCCAUGUUUCUCUUGCUAGCUGUGUAAUAUCUUGUACAAAGUGUACACUUCUGAAAAAACACUAAGUUGUGUGUGUGUGUGUGUGUGUGUGCGUGCGUGCGUGCGUGCGUGCGUGCGUGCGUUUUGUCGUGUCUUCACAAUGUUAAAAUACAGCUGCUAUGUGUGAGUAGAUGACGAUUAGACUAGAAAAUGGUCUCCUUCUUCCCUGGAAGUGUACUUUGUCUCUUGUUGUUUGUGGUAGACCUCCGGAGACCUCUUCGCCAUUUCAGACUUAUGCCUCUUGCUUCUCCGUGUGUCCUCGUGAAAAACAGGGUCUCAGGUAUACUCGAUUCUAUCCGACUACUCCGGUAGUUGUAGGAUUAACAGCAUUCAGUGCAUAGGAAACAGAGAGUUGAGCCAUCCUAAUGCUAAAUUAUAUUGAAAGCAGCGUGGAAGUGUGUUGCAAAGGAUCAGAAUCAUAAUACUACUUCCUGAUGACCUCAAUGCAGCAUCACUUUGCUUUUUGCUUGCUGUUGCUUAAAAUAUGAACGUACGAGUUUAUAAGGACGUACGACUGACUUGACUUUUUUUGACCAACUUUGUGCUGUGCUAGAUUAAGUAUCUUGCUGGUUUUUGUGUUUUUUAAAUGGAAAAACAGUAAUUAGCCGAGAUUACGUAAGAACAUCUAAUUUUGAAUGCUUUGGAAUGAACUUGGAAUCACAUUGGCACUUUGUUGACCGUUGAUACACUGCAGUUUUACUUACAUAUGCAGAACAUGAAAGGCUUUCAGGGACUUUCUGGUCACCCGGCUGACACCGUGGUCCACCAGAGUCAAAGAAAUGACUGUAAUUUAGAACAUAUUGUGGUUCCCUUUAAAUUUUGCUGUCAAGACAUCAUCAGCAAAAAUGAGAUCAUUUCAGUGGGCGUUAAAAAGUCCUCUCCAGAUGUAACACCACACCAAAGCCCGGUGCAGCUCAGCAUGUGUCCGACUUGCUUUGCAGCCUCUUUAAAUGUGACAUGACAGGCAGCCAACUUUUACUUUGUGGGCUAGAAACCAAUUACCAACAGAGUAACAGCAUGUAUCCACUAAGAAGCAAUUAGUCCUUUCCACACUUUGAGCAGUUGGUUAUGCAUUUUCAUGUCGACACAAAGUCCUGAUUGGCUUUAUUAUGCUUUUAACACUGCAGGCAUUUACUUGUUGAGUGGUUUAAACAGACAGGUAUGGAUCCAAUUACAGUUGCUCAGAGGUUUAAGGGUUUCUUUAACCAUUUCUCUAAGCCAUGUCUUUUCAUAAUCUUGACAUUAAAAUAGCAGCGAUAUAAUCUGAGAGGUUGUAAACAAAUCAAUUAUUAAGCACAAAUGUCCUGUUGUUAAAAAGCUUGCUUGCUCCACAGUGUUGCUUUUAUCAAGACUGUUUAGCUCUAUUUGUUCAAAUGUGAUAAUAAUGGAUGUCCGUGUAUGCUUGUGUGUGCGUGUGUGUGCGUGUGUGUGUGUUUGUCUCUGUAUUAGUUUACUGAACUCCAUUUAAAUGUCAAUCAGAUGUUUGCAUGGCCAGUCUCAGAGUAGAUUGCU